CCCCCGAACCAGGAAGUGACCGGACGCAUUGCGUGUUUUCUCCGUUUUAAACCUAAAUUACAGAUUAAAACUCGGGUUUAAAACAAGAUGGAGCUUCUGUGACGGUGGAUGAAGAUAUAACAUCCGUUUGAAUCUGAUCUGGGUCCGAGGAACAGGUUGGUCUCCUCUGGAUGUGAAGAGCUGCUGCCGGAGCUUCUCCCUGCGACAUGUCUUCUUCACGCCUGCUUCUCUCCGUCCUGCUGCUGCUGCUCUGUGGCCGGGCAGCACCGGCAGCUCUGAGCGGCUCAGAGGACGAUGACAACGCCUGGUCCCCGGCCCGGAUGGUGGCGGACCCCUCGGACAGGGUGGUCGUGGUGAAGGAGGGCUCGGACGCGCUGAUCGAGUGCAACGUGACCCGAGGCAACGCCGACGUGAAGUGGUUCAGCCCUCAAGGAGCCGAGCUGGGGGGGGAAGCAGGUGAGAAGUGGCAGAUCGAGGAGAACGGCGCCCUGAACAUCAGCGCGCUCCUCUUUAAUGACCGAGGCCGAUACACCUGCGUGUACACCAGUGACGCCGGCGCCACCAAAAACUACACGGUCACGCUGCGAGUGGCGUACAGCUCCAGCGGCCUGGGCCUGUACUUUGUCAUCGUCUGCCUCAUCACCUUCACCAUCAUCAUGAUCCUCAACGUGGCGCGGCUCUGCAUGGUCGGCAGCCACCUCAAGAAGACGGAGAACGCCAUCAACGAGUUCUUCCGCACCGAGGGCGCCGAGAAGCUGCAGAAGGCCCUGGAGGUCGCCAAGCGGAUCCCCAUCAUCACGUCGGCCAAGACGCUGGAGCUCGCCAAGGUCACGCAGUACAAGACCAUGGAGUUCGCUCGCCACAUGGAGGAGCUGGCGAGGAGCGUCCCGCUGCCGCCGCUGAUCAUGAACUGCCGAACGGGGGAGGAGGAGAACAUGGAGAAGGGAAACCCGGCGUCCGGCCGGGCGGAGCCGGGCAGGGCGGUGAUCCCCGGGAGCCGACCGGCCAUCGGCCCGCCGUGCGCCGACAAGAGCGGCGAGGACGCGGACGUGUGCGAGGCGCUGCUGUCCGGCGAGCGGCGAGGGAACGAGGGAGGGAACGAGGGAGAUGUUGCCGUCCAGGUGUCAGUGCACGCCGUUUCUGAGAAGGUCGCCGGCGAGAAUAAAGAGGCGGAGCCGCUCGCAGCAGGUUCCGAGAGCAACGUGUCCAUGGAGAGCAACGUGUAGGAGGAGCCACGUGUCCUGAGAAGUAGAGAUGAACGGAUCAUUAGUGAAGAGUGGUGUCGGGUUUGUUGCUUCUUUCUGCUCAUUGAUUCCUCGUCUGGUUGAAUCUUGGCCCCAAAUAGGAAAUUGGCUUGUUUUACGUAGAAGAAAAGAAUUGACGCAGUCAUUUAAUUGACUCUUUUACCAAAAAUCCCAAAGUUGAUGAAAUGAAAGUUCUGUCUCUCUUGGUGUAGUAGCUGGAUUCCAUCCUUAACAUCUUUACCUCCGCCAUCGACCUCCUGUUUUCAACCCUGUCCAGUUGUCUGUUUGUCCGAUGUGAUUCCCACAGUUCAGUGGAACGAUGGCACACGGCUCAGGGAAGAACUCAGGAUUUCACUUUUCUUUAUUUCACAUUCACCGACUUCCCAGAGAAUAUUUCGUGGAUCUUGAGGAACAGAAACCCAACACAUGUAGAGGACCGGUAUAAAUGAGUGUGUGUGUGUGUGAUUUUGUGCCUGUUUGAAUUAAAGGAACAGUUUGAGCUCUACUCAGGUUCGAUGUCUGACGUCACCUGAAAAUCCUUCUUUCUUAUAUCUGCUCAGUCUUGUUCCUGCUGUAAACGAUUUUCACGUAGUUUUGACAUUUAUUUCUUUAAUAGUCUUUCGUCAAGCCGACAGUUGUGAGUCUGUAACACGCGCAUGGAGAAAGGUCAACAGGUCAAACACAGAGCCACGUGGCAUCAAAUGGGAUCACAACUCUGUUUCCUCUGGUUCUGACUCCGCUCCACAUCCGUUCUGCUCGUCUGCUUCUGAAAUAUCUGAGCUCUUUGUUCCUCGGUAGGAAGAAGCCAGACGUUCAGUCGAGAUGUUCUUGUUCACGUCAGUUUCCUGAAGAGAUGAUGUUAUUCUCUGUGUCUCUUGCUCGUCAGGUCAGGGCUUUUACAUUUUUUAGAACUUUAAAACCUCAAAUCAAAACAGCUUCAUUAUAACAUAAUGUUAUAUUUGUAACUUGUUGCAGCUUGUUUCAGGCUCUGAAAGUAACAGACGAUAAAGGAAAGUUUUUAAAUCCAAUGAAAACUUGAAAACUCUACUUUCAGAGAUUUGUAUUAAAAUCACAUCAUGCUGGGUUUGUAAACAGAAUCAGUUCCAGACUUUGUCGACUCUGGUUGAACAAAAUGCUUCUGUUGUGUUUUGCUGUGUGUGAUGUUAUUGUGUGAAAUGGUUCGAUGGUGUUUAGACGUUUUAAGAGCUUUGCUUCUCAGGGACGUAAAUCAGCUGUUUUAUCAUCUGACAACAGCAGGAAAAAAACAUAAUUGACAAUAAAAAAAAAUAAAAAUGAAAA